AUGCCUUGCAUCCUACUAACAAACAACCUGCAAAACCUGAUCGAGCAGAAUUACUCGACUAUGAAAGUCGAUCCAAGUCAUCCAACACAUCGUUGCACGCCCACCAUGCAGACCUCGUCGUGGGAUUCGUAUCAGAAUGGGGAAGCCACCGAUCUCACCGUCACCUGUCAAGGUCGCAAAUUCCAGGUCCAUAAGUUUACAGGGACGGUGAAUGAUACGUUUGGCUUACCAGAUGAGAAACCCGACUUUAUCGCGCUGCUUUUCCAGUUCAUUUAUACGGGGAACUAUUCGGACGGAGAGCAUUUUGACGAACUGCCUGCCAUUCAGACCAUGAUGGAAACAGACAGCGUUCAUGAGGAGAUGUUGACAAAAGGCCCAGAUACCAUCAUGUCUAUGAAAUUCGACAGCGAGGAAUUACAAAUUUACCCCGAAGACGUAGAGGAGGGUGGUUCCAUCGUUCCUGACGAUGAUACAGAAGACCCAAUAUUCAAAUCGGAAGAGGAUGCCGAUGAAGAGCCAUUUGAAUCUGAUGAACCUUUGGAAUAUGACUCCGAGUACGAGUCUGACCGCCCCGAUGGUAAAACAGAUACAAUGGAAGAAGAUGAUAAUGAAUUGGAAAAAGAAGAGGGUGGUGAAGCCCCAAGCCACCAAGAUCCGACCACAUCUCUUCAAGUGGAGAGCAUGGAUACCUGUGAAGCCUCCGACCACAAAGGUCUUGUCACAUCUCUCCAGAAAGAGAGCAAACAGGAAGCCAGUACUGUCUCUCAUCCCAAGCCUCCUCUAUUCACAUCUCUUCAGAUGUAUCUCCUUGCGAAAAAAUACCAGAUCCCCGCCCUUCGUCUCUUGGCUCAAGAAAGAUUCAUGCGCUCAGCCGAAGUAUAUUGGACAAAGCAAGAUCAUCGCGUUGAGAUGGACGAAGUCGAACCGUACCACCCUUCGUAUGCCACGUAUGCCACGAUGGAUUGGUCAAAGCCGAAAAAGCCUUCGCCUUGGACGACGCUAUGGACGAACGCGGACGGUUUCGUCGAGGUUAUAGAUGAUGUGUUUACCUACACCGAAUUAGAGGACCCGUUGCGGCGAUUUAUUUGCAACCUCAUUUCACACGACUUCUCUAUGCAAGCAGACAUUCGAGAAAAGCUCGGUCCGCUUAUCGAAAAACAUAAGGACUUUGCAGUCCGAAUGUUGGAUAGUAUGGUUCGUUAUGCGGGGUUGAACGAGCAAGCAACACGGGUGCACUUUGAGGACGCUGCCAGAGAGUUGCGAUGCGAACCUGAAAAUCUUCAAGGGCGUUUUGCGCAGAUUAAGGGUACCCUCGACCGGACACUCAGAGAGCUCGAAGACUACAGGUCUUAUAUAUACCGUGGUCAGGAUCGUUUGAACUCGAUAUCUUAUACUUCGCUUUAA